GGGGGCGGGGCUUAGCGGUUCGGCCCUCCUGACGCGUGUCUGGCUGCGCGUGCUCAGAGCGAACCUGCUCUUGCGUUUGCUGGCUGCGCCAUGGAUUUUGACUCCGCUCGGCGGGCUGUUUUUCAGCUGCUCGGCGCUACGGCUCCCGCGGAUGUCCCGGCCCUGAUCCACUGGAUGAGAACUACUCGGGAUUUUGACAGAUUCACUCAUGACAAUAAUGACGUUAUGUUGAAGAACAUAGCCGAUGAUCUUCGGAACUGUUUGCCGCUAGAAGCUGUGCUUUGCUCGGAACAUGUAGCCCUUCAAAAGAUACAACAGCAGCCGGAACCCACAGUUCACGUUGAUGCAUUCCUUUAUGAUGAAGAGUUUAUUGAUUCAUUAUGUGAGGAAGGAAAACUGAGCAGAAACUACUGUACUGUGUGUGGCUCCCACAGAAUAGCCCCUCUGGGAUUUAUUUCUCAUUCCUUCUCCCUCAUGGAGUUGAAGUUCAUUUAUCAUCAUGUUCUCCCCGAUCUGUCAGGAAAGGUCUUGGUUGACGUUGGCUCCAGACUUGGCACAGUCCUUUAUGGGGGUUACCUUUACAGCUCGGCACUGCAGCUCUGUGGGGUAGAGCUGAAUGGAGAAUUUUGCCAAUUGCAGGAAAUGAUCAUAAAGAAAUACCAGUUCAGUGACAGAAUCAAGGUGCUUCAUGCUGACAUCUGUACCCAGAGUGCACUCCUGCAGAGUGCUGAUGUCAUUGUAAUGAACAAUGUCUUCGAAUAUUUUCUCACUGAGGCUGAACAGGCCAGUGCCUGGGACUCCAUCAUCCAUAACGUAAGAAAACGAGGAUCGCUACUAGUGACAGUACCAAGUCUCCAAGAUUCUCUCAUGAGUCUUCAGAUCAAUCUGCAGCUGUCCUCCUGGGUGGAAGAGAUCCCACUGCACCUUGAGGAGUACCCACAAAUGGAUGCUGACCGAGAAGCUCUUGAACAGAUUCAUUUGUAUAAGGUUCUCUAGCCCUGAAGGAACCCUCUCCCCUGUGAUAUGGUCUGCCUACGGCACUGCUGUCCUUCCCCACCCGCUGUCAUUGACUCCGCAUCACCAGGCCGUUCCUCCCUCAGCUCUCCACUCUGGCCAUCACUGUCAUUGUCUAUCACCAGUGAGCUAGCGACCCGCCUCAAAGCUGGGACAUAGAACAACUUGAAACUCUGAAUAAAUCUGAUUUAUUUUAGAACGGGGGAAUUUUGAACUUUUGCUUAUUGUGUUUUCUAAACCCGGUGACUUUUUUUCUUUUCUCUUAGAAAACUUUUUAAAGGGUGUGUGGUGUAUGAAGGUAUGUCUGCGCAGAUUUCCAAGUGUUUGGGCAUGUGGAGAGCAUGUGUGUGUACUGGUAUACAAGAGUGGGGAUGAGAGGUUGGCUUGAGAGGUCUCCUUUGAUCUCUCCACCUUAUGCGUAGGCCAGGUCACUCACCCGAACCUAGAGCCUCUGACUCAGCUGUCUGGUCAGCCAGCUUGCCCUGAGAAGCUCGUUUCUCCCCAGGGCUGGGAUCACUGCCAGGUUGCCAUGACCGCCUCUCACUUACGUGAGCAGGAGGCGUCCAGACACUGGUAUUCACCUGCUGAGCCAGUGUCUUAACUGGCUGACCUACUAAGACAUCUCGCAGUGUUUUCUAAAAUCUCUUCAAGUUCCUUCCCUAUUUUUGAUUCGUUCAAUGUAUUUACAUCCUUUCAUUUUACUAUUUGAGUUAGGGCAGCAUUGCAAUUAUGAACAAAACAGACAAGGUGAAGAUCUGUGUCUGUAAUAAAACAAAACAACACGCAGGCUUUCCUGGCUCUGAAGCACAUGUUCUGCUUGACAGAAGGGUGGAGGCAGAGAGGCUGGACAGGGAAAUAAAUCAACUAGAAUUUUGUUCGGCAUAACAUUUUCCAUGCCACAUGACCUAUUAAACAUAACUAUAUGUCUUCAAGUACAGGUAUGUAAUAAAGUGAAGCAGACUGUACUCGGAGUCCCUUUUCUGAGUACAUGUUAACAAGUGCAACCAUACAACUAAUGAUACCCAUAUAGUGUAACAUAUGACAUAUAAUUAUAUAACAUAAUUAACAUAGAGCUCUAGUAAUAGCUCCUUCUCAAUGAGAGAUUAUGUGGCACUAAAAUACAUAAUUUUAUGCAUUAAAAGGAGGCUAUAGGUGUGAUACAGUCAUUAUGCAUUAUGUACAGUUUGUUUUGUAGUGCUAGAAAUCAGAUAAUCAUUCUUGCCCUUAGCUUCCCAGACCCACCUUUCUUUUUUCUUUUUCUGUUUUUCUUUCUUUCUUUCUUUCUUUCUCGUUCUCUCUCUUUCUUUCUCCUUCCUUCCUUCCUUCCUUCCUUUCUUCUUCUUUUCUUCCAUCCUUCCUUCCUUCCUUUUUUUAAGACAGGCUCGCUCUACGUAGUCUUGGAACUGGCCGCAUAAACCAUGAUGGUCAUGAACUCACAUAGACAGGCUCACUAGCCUCCAAAGUGCUGUGAUUAAAGGUAGGUGCCACCAUGCCCUGCCUUUCUUCCUUGUAAAAAUGAAAUGUAUAUAGUUAGCAGCUGGGUGUGGUGGUUUCCAGCAUGAUAUGUUUAUUAACUAUCUGGGGAUCCUAUACAUGCACCCGAUCCCGCUCACUUCCCACUUCUCCCAGGUCCACCUUCCACCCUUGUUCUCCUUCUCCCCAGAAACGGUGCUUGCCUUUAAUCCCAGUGCUCAGGAGGCAGAGGCAAGUGGAUCUCUAUGAGUUCAAGGUCAGCCUGGUCUACAGAGUGAGUUCCCAGUGUUUUUGUUUUGUUUUUCUCCAUAGCCUACAAGUUUUGAUAUUCCAAGCUUGUGACUGAGUGUCUGCUGUCCAGGUAAAGGUAGCUCCCAAAAACCAAGCCUAACAAUAAUGAUGGAGUCGUCUGAGGUACCAAUAAAGCUGUCAUACUCUCUAGACAGAAAACGAAAACUUUAAAUGCCCUUUUAGAGAGAGAAUUACUAAAAGGAUAAAAACAAAACAAAAACAUAAAAGCUGCCCUGCCUUGGAAGGAGAAACCAGGAGCAGGAAGAAUUCCACAUGUUCACAGUGCGAGGUCAGCUAUGUUACCCUCCCCACCCCUCACAGAAAUAUAAGACAUAAUCCAGUGUGGCAGACAGAUGCCGUCUAAACUUAGCUACCUGGGACUUCGGUAGCCAACGGCUAGCAGUGACAGGAGCAGCUGCUGCAGUCAGGAGCAGAAGACUGAAGCAGACCAAUUACCUUCCAUUCCCUGCGGUGCCUUCCCACAAGGCACGUGUUCAUCGAACUUUCUUUCAUUUAAAAACCUCAGUAUUUCUUCCCACAUUCCAAGUGUCUUCCCCAAAUACAGUUAACACAAUACCAUGCUUCGGCUCCUUUGGUUAAAAAUAAUGUCAAAUUAGCAGUUUUAGUCAACUCUAGGACUACACUGAGAGAGGUAGACUCAUGUGUCCUGAUCCCCUGGCUCUCCCUUAUGAACAAGUGGGAAGUUUAUGAGCCAACAGGCAAGUUUCAGGAAGUUUAGGUAAGGUUGAGUGUUUGUACCCUGUCCCAUAUGAUCUAAAAUUGUUUUCUCCAGAGCUGGAGAGAUGGCUCAGAGGUUAAGAACACUCACUGUUCUCCCAAAGGCCCUGAGAUCAAUUCCCAGCAACCACAUGGUGGCUCACAACCCUCUAUAGUGAGAUCUGGUGUGCAGGCAGAAUGCUGUAUAAAUAAUAAAUAAUCUUUUAAAAAAUUGUUUUCUCCAAACUAGACACAAUUUGGAUUAGAAUUGUUCCUGAAGCUGUUAUGUAUCUCUGUGUGACAAAUAGACUCCUAUGACUAAUAAAAAAGUUGAG